AUGGAUCCUGCAGCUUCAGCCAACUCCAGGACGAUCAACGCAGACGCCUUUGUCUCAUCGAGGGAGAUACCUGGCUGGGCGGCCGACACAGCCGGUGUCACUCUUCGUAUUAAGGCGCGAUUGGUGACAUGGCUCUUACAGCCUCAUCAAGACAUAGAGCCCCAAUUCAUCUCGCACUUUUGCCGCCAGACGGUUUCGUCUUCCGACCACGUCACUGCCGAGUGCGCCCAUUUCACCAUCCCCCAGCCCUACUGUCACAUUAGCCAUCGACCCACCUGGGAGGAGCAGACGGAGCAGAUGUUCUUCCAUGUCGCGGCGAAUCACGUGAGCCCCGCUGACCUCGACCUUCUCGCUCAAGCUUUCCGAAGAUACACCUACACGGUGUUCGACCGAUUUCCAAUCACGGAGUUGGUCUCUAUGGAGUUCUUUUCCAUCAUUGAAAUCCCCAUCACUCCUUCCGCUUCUACCGGCCGCCUUUGCUAUUUGAUUCCUCGGGAGGCCAAUGAAUAUUUUUUCGGAGGCGACCAAGAUAUCAACUUCGUCCAGUUCAACAAAGGGCCGAGGCCGGCGUCCACAGCAGCAGUGGUGGGGCUCCAGAUGGUCACUGUGACAGCGGAAGAUAGCUCGUGUUCCAUCUAUCUCGACGAUUUCGAGGUGAUGACUCAGGCUCUGGCAAUGCCUUGCGGUCAUUCGUUUCGCGAGGGGUGUCUGAAGGAGUGGUUGCGAUGGAGAAAUUCUUGCCCCCUUGCAGAUUCUCACUUCCCACCGCAGAGUAGCGACUGGAUCGAUCUACUGCAACGUAACUGA